AUGGACCACAAGAAGGCCAUCGAGGCCCUCAGCCAGUAUGAGGAGCCUGAUGGACUGGAUGUGAAGGCUCUGCUCGACUCAAAGAAGCACGGCGGAUUGACCUACAAUGAUUUCCUUGUCUUGCCAGGCUACAUUGGCUUCGCUGCUUCCGAGGUCAACCUGGACUCUCCCGUCACAAAGCGAAUCACUCUCAAGACCCCGUUCGUCUCCUCCCCUAUGGAUACUGUGACUGAGCACGAAAUGGCCAUUCACAUGGCUCUCCAGGGCGGGCUUGGUGUCAUCCACCACAACUGCUCCGCCGAUGAGCAAGCAGAAAUGGUCCGGAAAGUCAAGAGAUUUGAGAACGGCUUCAUCCUGGAUCCUGUUGUCAUCAGCCGCAACACAACGGUUGGAGAGGUAAAGGCUUUGAAGGAAAAGUGGGGAUUUGGAGGCUUCCCAGUCACAGAAAAUGGAAAGCUGGGCUCGAAGCUCAUUGGCAUUGUCACGAACCGAGAUAUACAAUUUGAGGAGAACACUAACCUGCCUGUUUCUGCUGUCAUGGUUACUGACCUCAUCACCGCAUCUUAUGGGACGACUCUGCUGGAAGCCAACAAGAUCCUGUCAAAGUCCAAGAAGGGAAAACUUCCAAUUGUUGAUACUGAAGGAAAUCUCGUCUCCAUGAUCUCGAGAUCCGAUUUGACCAAGAAUCUCCAUUUCCCAUUGGCCUCCAAGCUUCCAGAUUCCAAGCAGCUCAUCUGCGCUGCUGCCAUUGGCACACGACCGGAGGACAAGAUCCGUCUGCAGAAGCUGGUCGAUGCCGGCCUUGAUAUUGUUGUCCUGGACAGCAGUCAGGGAAACAGCAUGUACCAAAUUGAGAUGGUCAAAUGGAUCAAGGAGAAAUUUCCCGAAAUUGAUGUCAUCGGAGGGAACGUAGUUACCCGUGAACAAGCAGCCUCUCUCAUUGCCGCUGGUGUCGAUGGGCUCCGAAUUGGUAUGGGAAGCGGCAGUGCUUGUAUUACUCAAGAAGUCAUGGCUGUUGGCAGACCCCAGGCUGCCGCUGUUUACAAUGUUAGCUCCUUCGCGGCCAAGUUUGGUGUCCCAUGCAUGGCAGACGGAGGUAUCCAAAACGUUGGUCACAUCGUCAAAGGACUUGCUUUGGGUGCAACUACGAUCAUGAUGGGUGGCCUCCUUGCCGGUACCACAGAAUCACCUGGUACAUCAUUUGUCAGCCGGGAAGGUAAGCUGGUGAAGGCAUAUAGGGGAAUGGGAAGUAUCGACGCAAUGCAGGAUAAGAAGGCUGGUGGUGGUGGUAAGGACAGCCAGAAGAGCAAUGCUGGUACUGCUAGGUACUUCUCCGAAGGUGACAGUGUACUUGUCGCGCAAGGUGUCUCCGGCGCUGUUGCUCACAGAGGAUCUGUUACCAAGUUCGUUCCCUACCUCGCAGCCGGUCUGAAGCAUUCCCUCCAAGACUGUGGUAAAAAGAGUCUUGUGGAAUUGCACGAGUCUGUGCAGAAUGGCACCACCCGAUUUGAGUUGCGGACUGCCAGUGCCCAACUUGAAGGAGGAGUUAACAUGGAGAGUUACGAGAAGAAGCUCUACGCAUAA